AUGCUGUCCAUGACGGUCCGGGACCACGCUCUGCCCUUUCUCGUUGACACAGGGGCUACCAGAUCUACGGUUAAUCAGGACAUUGGGCCUCUGUCUGAACGGACGAUGAGCGUGGUGGGUUUCUCUGGGGUAAGUCAGAUUCUGUCAUUUACCAUCCCCCUCCCCACACACGUAGCGGGACAGAAAUUACAACACCCCUAUCUAGUGUCUCCGUGUUCCAGUCAAUCUCCUGGGUAGGGACCUACUCUCGAGACUCAAUGCACAGAUCCUCUGCGGUCAGCAGGGCCUCACUGUCACGUUCCCGGAUGGGUCUGAAGUUCUAUGUGCACAAGGGAUUGGGGACACACACCAGUACCUCCUCAGAGACACUGAACCUAGAUUUGCAGACAUUUUCUGGGCCCUGUUGGAGCCAUCACAAACUGGGCUCUACUCAUGUUAUCUCCAUUGGAAACCCUGGAUCCUCAGCGUCCACGCCUACGUGGCUCCACCUGACCCGCUCCAUCUGACUCUGUUCUACGACCGGGAGGGUAAUGAAUGUUACUUAGAGGAAUUCCAAAAUCAGCUAGAAUGUAAGACCUGGCAGCUACAUUCUGGUGACAUUUUGGUAGGACAACAGGGGGUUGCGGCAAUGGUUAAUCUCACGAGAGAGCAACAGUCCUGGUAUAAUAUGUCUGAGACUGCUUUCCCCCACAUUUCACUGGCUCUCCAUCCGGGACAUGAGGCUCGUGAAUUGGGCCCCAUGGUCAAAGCAGCAGUCUCAGCCUCAGACUGGUCUUCCUCCGGCCUGCCUGGCGUGCUCCGCUCGCCGUCCCUGAAAAUGUUCAGAAUUGUGAGUACUACCACUGACUCUGCUUUAUGCACACAUGAACUCAUACCUAGAGACCAUGGUAGGGGACCAAUACGGUCCCGGUGCCAAACCCAUAUAUUGCUCUGAACAAUCUGUCCCCCGAACAAGCAUGGUUCACAUGUAUUAAUCUUGCUAAUCUUAAUUAAACGCUUUUUUCUGUCUCCCUUUACAUGAGCACAUUCGGGACGUCUUCUCGUUCACCUACCAGCGUCGCAGACUCCGUUACACCCGCCUCCCACAGGGAUUCGCCCUCUCCCCUGGCAUCUUUAACCAGGUUCUGAAAGAGAGUUUGGCUGACCUGCAGCUGCCCGAUGGCACCACAGUGAUUCAAUAUGUCGACGACCUGCUCAUUGCGUCCACCACAGCCGAGUCCUGCCUGCAGGCCACACGGGCCCUGCUCCUACUCCUGGCCCGCCACGGGUUCAAGGUCAGUCAACCUAAGUUGCAAAUCGCGCGGAAACAAGUUUCUUUCCUCGGCAGACUACUGUCACAAAAGGGGGCCUCAUUGUCCCCCGCCCACCGCACAUCCAUUCUGCACCACACCAAGCCUGACACUGUCAAAGCUAUGCUGUCGUUUCUCGGUUUGGUGGGUUACAGCAGGCAGUACAUACCUGAUUUUUCCACUCUCACGUCUCCGCUGAGAGCCAUGGUCACCUCUGCAGGUAUGAGAAAUCUGAAUGCGAAGCUGACAUGGUCCCGCGACUCGGAAGAAGCUUUUAUCAAACUCAAACAAGAACUCGCUGCAUCCGCCGAAUUGGCCCACCCCGACUAUGCGCGCCCGUUCUUUUUGGAUGUUUCUGAAACAGAAUCUGUUGCUAACGGUAUUCUGUUCCAGAAAAAAGGGGGAGAGAGAACGGUACUGAUGUAUCUCAGUGUCAUCCUUGACCCCACAGAAAAACGUCAACCAACGUGCACAAGACAUGCUGCAGGUGUUGCCAAACUCAUCAACAAAAGCGCACACAUAGUUAUGGGACACACACUUCACAUCUUGACAUCACACAGCGUUGUAGCUUAUGUGAACUCGCAGACUUUUACGAUGUCCUCCACAAGAGAGCAAAAACUCGCUCGCAUUCUCGAAGCCCCAAACUUUCUAUUCACUCAUGAAGGUGUUAACAUGGCUGAGCGUUUGGGGGAAGGUGUGUUGCAUGAGUGUGCCCACAGGGUUGAAAAAGAAGAAAAAGCCAGAGAAGACCUCCAGUCGGAGCCCAUCCUAGGGGCCAGAAACCUAUACACAGACGGAUGCUGCUACAGAGAUGAGAAGGAGGGACUCAGAGCAGGAUUCUCGGUGAUAGAAGAAACACCAGACGGACUCAAGACGGUAACAGCACAAAAGCUCAAUGGACCACAGUCAGCCCAGAGAGCAGAAGUCGUGGCAGUGAUUGAAGCCCUGAAAGCAGGUAAAGACCAAGACAUUAACAUUUACACUGACUCAGCCUAUGCAGUACACGCAGCACAAGUAGACCUAGGACAAUGGAUGAGAGCGGGCUACCUAACUGCAAAACAAGAACCCAUUAAACACAUGGAUGAAAUGAAAGAGCUUGCAAAAGCACUGUGGUUUCCCCAGAAGGUGGCCAUCAUCAAAUGCAAAGGACACGACAACAGCGGAUCCAGAGUUGCCAUGGGCAACCAAGCAGCGGACUCCGCAGCCAAAGCAGCCGCAGGAUAUCAUGAGAAGCUCCUGUUCAGUGGCGGUUCUAGACCAAAUUACUCCCCGGGCGAGCACCCCUCCAAGUGCCCCCCCCCCCAGCUAGAAUUUUGAACAGAUAGUUUUGUAUUACUAUGUAGUAUUAUUAUUAUUAUUAUUAUAACAACAAAAAUAAUAUAUUUCUCAGUUGCAGAAAUCCUUCAAUAGAAAAAAACACAAUCCUGAGGGCCAUUUUCAGAAGGGCCCCCAGAUCCUGAGGUUUUCUGACGUGUUAAGGUUUACAAAAAAGCUGCUAUCUCGGCCUCUGUAGUAGAUAGAAACAAAAUUCAAAAAGUAUUUGAGAGCUUAAACAUGUGGCUUUCAAGAAAGCUCUCUUUUAGUUUUGCGAACCUUCAUCACAUUUUUGAAAACCUUGAACAAACAAACUCAAAUGAAAUAAAGCGGCUGUAUAAAUAAAAGUAAAGGCUCUGCACUGGAGAAUGACAAAUAAUUUGCUUUCUGUAAAACAAGUGGCAGUCAUGAUAAAGUGUCCAUUCAAUACAAAUGUAAAUGUAGAAAAUAAGGUGUUGAAAGGGUAUACAGCUGCCUCAGUAUAGUGCCAGUACAAAAGCAGAACUAAAAACUAAAAAAUGAAUAAAUAAAUACGUGGCUGACAGUGUGUUCAUCUCUGUUCUCACCCAAAGUCAUGCAACACUCAGAGAAAACGCUGAUAGUGUGAGCCAAAGCACUCCCUAUGAAGAGGUUGUCAACACUGCUGGAUGUUUCUCCUCUGAAGCUGCUCUCUGCCGCCGUCAUUGUUUACUUUACUCAUGAAGCUCAUCAAGCACGUAGCAAGAUCGCUACGAGCGCUUUAUUCGCCUAUCAAAGGCAGACGGGUACGGUGAUUUCAUUCACUGCGACUCCAGAAAUGAUUAAAAAACUACAAAAUGACGUAUCCGCGCUCCCGCUGAUAUGCUGACAUACACAGAGCAGAGCUCGCGACUCUCUCCCCGCCUCGUCUCAUACAGUCUGCCUACAGCAGCGGGGGGGCGCCAAUUUGACAACAAGAGUUAAUACAAAUCCGCUUUGCGGUCAAGAUUUAUUAUUAUUAUCUUUUAUUUUAUUUUUUUGGAAGUGCUCGUGCCGCCCCCCAUGAGUCAUGACACAAAUGCCGCCCCGGGCGGCUGCCCUGUUCGCCCGUGCCUAGAACCGCUACUGCUCCUGUUGGUAAGACCAGACACAGAGACACAAAUGACAAAACUGUCCCUUACAGAAAUCUCAAAAGAACAGGACCUAGCCUCACCUGAAGAGAAGACAGUGUGGAAACUCAGAGGCGCAGUCCUAUCGGAAGGGACCUGGAGAUCCCCAGAUGGAAGGUUGGUUCUGCCACCUGGGCUCAAAGACAGUAUCUUCUCAGAAGCACAUGGAGUUGGCCAUGCAGGCAUCUCCCAGAUGAAAGUGGACCUCAAAGAAUGGUGGCACCCCUUCCUACAUGACAUGCUAAAGGAGUGGGUAAGACACUGCAUUGUUUGCACACACCACAACACCAGACCUACAUACAAACCCGGGGUGGGUAAGUUCCAACUAAAAACACGUCCAGGGAAAGAAAUCAUCAUUGAUUUUACAGAUAUGGUUAACUCAGUCCGAGGGUACAGGUAUGUUUUGAUGUGUGUUGAUGCAUUUACAGGAUGGCCAGAAGCAUGGCCAGUGAAAAGAGAGGACAGCAAAUCAGUAAUUAAGUGUCUCAUCAACCAUUACAUCCCACAGCAUGGCUUCCCAGAAAAGAUCAGGUCGGACAAUGGGUCACACUUCAAGAACCAGGACCUCCAGUACGUGGAGGCCAUGUUGGGACUCAAACAUGGUUUUGGGUCCGUGUAUCAUCCUCAAUCUCAGGGUAAGGUUGAGAGGAUGAACCAGACAGUCAAGAACAGGCUGUCAAAGAUUUGUGCCCAUACAGGGCUGAACUGGGUGGAUGCUCUACCGCUCGCCCUCAUGUCCAUCCGAUCCUCAGUAAACAGGACAACUGGAGACACCCCAUUCGAGCUCGAACGUGGUCGACCUUUUCCAGGGCCAGAGCGAGCCCUGCAAAACACUGACCCUCCUCCCUCUCACAUGCACCAGAAAGAUUAUUAUGUACAACUGCAAUCUGUUCUCUCUGAAUUUGCUAAGCAGGUGCGAGACAGCAAAGAUGGCACCAAAGAUGGUGACCUACCCAUCACUGACUGGGUCCUCCUUCGGGUCAUCAAGAGAAAGUGGAGCGAGCCUAGGUGGACAGGACCAUUUCAGGUGACCGAGAGAACCUCCCACGCAGUCCGGCUGGACAGGAAAGGAGACACCUGUUUCCACCUCACUCAGUGCGCCCCAGCUGUAACACCUCAACGCUCCCUGAAGGAAGUGCGGCAGGAUCUUGCAGCGGCUGCAGCAGGAAACCAAACCAAAGAGCCAUACACCUCCAGAAAAGACACAGGGCAGAAUAAUCCCUGCAACGAAAAGGGCACAGGAUAG